GCAGUAGUCGGUUGUCGUUGGUGAGUGACAGGGGACAGAGAGCGGCGCUGUGUCCGGACACUUCACGGGACCUGUCACCAUGAGGAAGCUGUGGGCUAUCGGCCUGUGCUGCGUCUUGCUGGCUUUUGCUUCUGUAAGAGCUGAAGAUGAAGUUGACGUGGAUGGAACAGUGGAGGAUGACCUUGGCAAAAGCAGAGAAGGAUCUCGAACAGAUGAUGAAGUUGUAAGCAGGGAAGAGGAAGCAAUCCAACUGGAUGGGCUCAAUGCAGCGCAAAUUAAAGAAAUCCGUGAGAAGUCAGAGAAGUUUGUCUUUCAGGCUGAGGUUAACAGAAUGAUGAAACUUAUUAUCAACUCCCUGUACAAGAACAAAGAAAUUUUCCUUAGGGAACUGAUUUCCAAUGCUUCAGAUGCUCUUGACAAGAUCAGAUUAAUGUCAUUGACUGACGAAAAUGCACUGGCUGCCAAUGAAGAACUAACCAUUAAAAUCAAAUGUGACAAAGAAAAGAAUAUGCUUCAUGUAACGGAUACUGGCAUUGGCAUGACAAAAGAGGAACUAGUAAAGAACCUUGGAACAAUUGCUAAAUCUGGAACAAGUGAAUUCUUAAAUAAACUUACAGACGCACAGGAGGAUGGCCAGACUACCUCUGAGCUUAUUGGUCAGUUUGGAGUUGGUUUCUACUCUGCCUUCUUGGUUGCUGAUAGAGUAAUUGUGACCUCAAAACACAACAACGGUACUCAGCAUAUCUGGGAGUCUGACUCAAAUGAGUUCUUUGUGACUGAAGAUCCCCGUGGUGACACUCUGGGCCGUGGAACAACCAUAACCCUGGUUCUUAAGGAGGAAGCAACAGACUACCUUGAGCUGGACACAAUCAAAAACCUUGUGAGAAAAUACUCCCAGUUCAUCAACUUCCCUAUUUAUGUUUGGAGCAGUAAGACGGAGACUGUAGAGGAGCCCCUUGAUGAAGAGGAAGCCAAGGAGGAGAAAGAUGAGGAUGCAGAUGAAGAAGCUGCUGUAGAGGAAGAAGAUGAAGAGAAAAAGCCCAAAACCAAAAAGGUUGAAAAGACUGUCUGGGACUGGGAACUUAUGAAUGACAUAAAGCCCAUUUGGCAGAGGCCAUCUAAGGAAGUUGAGGAGGAUGAAUACAAGGCCUUUUACAAAUCUUUCUCAAAGGAAAGUGAUGACCCUAUGGCUUACAUCCACUUCACAGCAGAGGGAGAAGUAACCUUCAAAUCAAUAUUAUUUAUUCCAACCUCUGCUCCAAGAGGCCUGUUUGAUGAAUAUGGCUCCAAAAAGAGUGACUUUAUAAAGCUGUUUGUGCGCAGAGUGUUUAUCACAGAUGACUUCCAUGACAUGAUGCCCAAGUACUUAAACUUUGUAAAGGGAGUGGUUGACUCAGAUGAUCUGCCAUUGAAUGUUUCCAGAGAAACCCUUCAGCAGCACAAGUUACUAAAGGUGAUCCGAAAAAAACUUGUCCGCAAGACCCUUGACAUGAUUAAGAAGAUUGCAGAAGACAAAUACAAUGACAAAUUCUGGAAAGAGUUUGGAACCAAUGUUAAACUUGGUGUGAUUGAAGACCACUCCAACCGUACUCGUUUAGCUAAGCUCCUCAGAUUCCAGUCUUCAAAUCACAAAACUGAGCUGACUAGCUUGGAGCAGUAUGUGGAACGAAUGAAGGAGAAACAGGACAAAAUCUUUUUCAUGGCUGGAUCUAGUAGAAAGGAGGUUGAAUCUUCUCCAUUUGUUGAGCGACUGCUGAAGAAAGGCUAUGAAGUGGUCUUUUUAAUUGAGCCUGUGGAUGAGUACUGCAUACAGGCAUUGCCAGAGUUUGAUGGAAAGCGCUUUCAAAACGUUGCCAAAGAGGGUCUCAAGUUUGAUGAAAGCGAGAAGGCAAAGGAGGCACACGAAGCCCUGGAGAAAGAAUAUGAGCCUCUUCUGAACUGGAUGAAGGAGAAGUCUUUGAAAGAUCAGAUCGAAAAAGCUGUAUUGUCUCAACGUCUAACUCAGUCACCAUGUGCACUUGUGGCUAGUCAGUAUGGAUGGUCUGGAAAUAUGGAAAGAAUCAUGAAAGCCCAGGCAUACCAGACAGGCAAAGAUAUUUCAACAAGUUAUUAUUCUAGCCAGAAGAAGACCCUUGAGGUUAAUCCAAGGCAUCCUUUAAUCAAAGAUAUGUUGAGGAGAGUAAAGGAAAAUGAAGAGGACAAGACUGUAGCAGACCUUGCAGUUGUGCUCUUAGAGACUGCUACAUUACGGUCAGGAUAUCAGCUGCCAGAUACUAAAGGCUAUAGUGAGAGGAUAGAAAGAAUGCUUCGAUUAAGCUUGGACAUCGAUCUUGACGCACAGGUUGAAGAAGAGCCAGAAGAAGAGGAACCUGCCACAGAAGAAGCAGAGCAGGAAGAUUCUGAGGAUGUGGAAGAUAUUGAUGCUGAAGAGGAUGUGGAAAAACCAGAAACAAACGCUCAGGCAGACACACAGGAAUCCACAGAUGUUAGAGAUGAAUUAUAAAUGGCACUUGACACUCAUCAAUGGGUGGGAGGGUUUUUUUGUUUUGACUGUCAGGGUGGGUUUUUUAGUUUGUUUUAUAAACAUUCCUCACGAAUGUGUAAAUUUGUACUAUUUAUGAGUAUACUGAUGUAAAACAAUGUUCCAAAAUACCAUGCCGGAUUCACUGUCCAAACCUGAGGCCACCUGUUCCCACUGACUGGACUUUGAAAGCAAUGCAAGCCAAUUAACUUCUACUCAAAGCAGUGAGGAAGUCUGUUAAUACAUACUUUGUUAAUGUAACAUUGUGCUUGGAAAAGAUCUUUAAGGCACUAUGAGAAGAUUAGUCUUUGGUUGAAAAUGUGAAGUUGAAAGUGUAAAGUUAAUUUGUAAAUAUCAAAUGUUUCUGUGGAAUAAUGCACUGCUAUUAAACUGAUUAAUGUGCAGCGUUUUGUAACUUUCUGGUUACUGUUGUGUCCGUGUCACAGACAACUUCCACAACAACCUGACGUUCAACAAUAAAGUUGUGGUAACUUUGUAA